UGCUGCGGUUUGUACUUCUCUGGAUUGUCAGUCUGGUUGGUUGUAUCUUGGACAAUUCCAUUUUUAGCUCAGUAGUGGAAAGGAGUCCUUGAAAUACCCUCUGCAGCCUAUUAACUGAUGUGGCUGAAGGUCUUGCUGGAAUUGUAACCCUUUGUUAUUUUCUAGCAAAUUGCAUUCAUCUCUGUCUGACACGUUCAUUUUAGUCUGAAAUAAAGUGGCAAGUUGAUGUUGGUCUGUUAUGCCCUCAUGUUUUCCUUGAUCAACUGUCUCUCACUAUUCAACCAAAGCUUGCUGCCCAUUCCUUGCUCUACUCCUUAACUGUUUUAAAUGUUGAGAAAUUAUCAUAGAUGAAAUGGGGUAAAGCCAAGUGGCACUAGCCCUCUAUGCAGUGUAGUCUCAAUUUGUUUCCCUGAUUUUGGAUUUGGGAGGAUGUUGUCUUCUGUGGUUUUCUUUUCCUGUCACAGAGAAAAUACAUGCCUGUUUGGCAUUCAAUUUGGUGAGGUCAGUACCUUUUCGUCUGCAAAUUUUAACAUGUGGCAGAUGCUACCAUUUGUGUUCCUUGGAUGGUGAUGAGGGCUGUUGGUGUGGUUAAGGAAUCAUGUUGUAUCAAUGCUCUUGCAUCGCCUCUGGAAUGCCUGUCUUCUUGAUCUCAUGAGAUAAAUCUGUACUUUUUCUCAAUCAGCUAUCAUCACCGUUGUACUUUCAACCUUGUUUUCAAUUAUGCUUUUACCCAUGUUUGUCUUGGUAGAUGUCUCCCAUGUUCUUUGGUUAACAGGACUGGCAAUAUCAGAAUGUAAUUAGCCCAAAUAUCACAUCUGAUGUGAGUUUCUCUUCUUAUCUUCUGUCACAUGGAACAUGGUGCCAUGUCACAUUAAUCUUGCUCCUUCUCAAGCCUUUCGGUGAAUUUAAAACAGCAUACUUUCACACUUUUACGAUAACAUGAGAUUCACUGAGGCUUUUAGCAGAUAAUAUACAGACUGAAGACGUAGAGUAACAUUGCUGAGAGAUUCUUUAAAAGUUUCAUUCUUUGUACAUAUUUAAGACAGACAGUUACUCUUAUUGGAAUUACACCAAAGCCACAUUUUUGUAGGGAUGUUAUAUUAGAAAUUAGUUAGUGUGACUUGACAUUUGUGUAACUACUUUUGCCAGUUUUUCCUCCCUUCUUCUGCAGAGAUCAUGUUAAGGUGAAUAAUUCUAGAAGGCAGUUCAAGUCUGUACAUCUUUCUCUUUCAUCUGCAAACCACUGUCCUCCGUUAGUCUUGUAAAGAUUAUGUCCUUAUAGUAAAUUUAACAAGAUAUA